AGGCCGGGAUCGCUGGAGCUCCAGCACGCGCCGUAUCGGCCGUCAAGAACAUGAACCUCCCAGAGAUGCCCAAAAACAUCAACAUCGGGGACAUCAGCAUCAAAGUGCCAAACCUGCCGUCUUUUAAAUAGUAAACACUGCGGUGUGUGUGUGUGUGUGUGUGUGUGUGUGUUUACUAGGCCGUGUGUUACUGCACAGAUGACGAAGGCACUGUGUGAUGACUGUAAAUGAAGUAUUUAUUUGAUUCUUCUGUCCCCUGUGUGUGUCUCACUCACUGCAGUGUUGGAGGUGUGUGUGAGUGUGUGUGUGUGUGUGUGCGCGUGCGUGUGUGUGUGUGUGUGAGGCGCUCUGAACAUCAUGCCUAUCAAACAUUCCAGACUGGAAAGCUCUCCCUGAUGCUGUACGUGUGUGUCUGAUGUCGCUGUAUGUACUGAAGGUAUAUUUAUAUAUGGUUUGUCCUCUUUCUUACGCCGGCCGCUUCGCUUUGGUUUUUAAGUGCCGCAUGUUUUUCCUUUUGCAGCAGAAUAAAGUAUCAAAUUAUUUUCUUCUCCAA